AUGUCUCUAAAGGCCUUCAUCUAUGCUUACCGCAAACCGGGAAUAUCUCCGGAGGAUUUCAAACGCCACUAUGAGGCACACAUUGACUUGGUCAAGCGCAUCUCUGAGGAUGAUUUCCCACUCUCACACAAGCGCAGCUAUCUUUCUCGCAAGACUGUCGAAACUGCCCCUGAAGGGGCUACCUCUCGCAAUGCUAUUACCCCUGCCUCUAUUGUUGUCGGCCAGCAGUCAGAUUUUGACUUUGAUGCAUAUGCCGAGCUGACAUUUACGGACCAAGCCCAUUUCCAAGCAUUUGGUGCUAAGGUCUAUGCGCCCGAAGCGGCAGCGCAGAUUGCCGCCGACGAGGAACAGUUUCUGGACCGGUCGAAAUUGGGGAUUGUCAUGCUUGGAGAUGUCAUUGAAACCACCAAGUAA